GGAGCCGGGAUUGGGGGGCGGGGGGGGCCGGGAGGGAGGGGGGCAAGAGCAGGAGGAAGCCCACCAAGUCCGGCGGCGGCGGCGGCCGGGAGGAGGCGGAGGAGGCGGAGGACGCGGCGGCGGCGGCGGGGAAGCGGUGACUUAGGGCCGCUCCGUUCUGCUUUUUUUCCACCGAUGUAACAGACCUGGAGCCAGCAAGACUCAGAGGAAAGGACUUAAUCAGGUUUAUGUGUCCUAAAGGUUAUGAAGACAGUAUGGAGUUUCCAGACCACAGUAGACAUUUGCUGCAGUGUCUGAGUGAGCAGAGACAUCAGGGUUUUCUUUGUGACUGCACUGUUCUGGUGGGAGAUGCCCAGUUCCGAGCACACCGAGCCGUACUGGCUUCAUGCAGCAUGUAUUUCCACCUCUUUUACAAGGACCAGCUGGACAAAAGAGACAUUGUUCAUCUGAACAGCGACAUUGUUACAGCUCCAGCUUUUGCUCUCCUGCUUGAAUUCAUGUAUGAAGGGAAACUCCAGUUCAAAGACUUGCCCAUUGAAGAUGUGCUAGCAGCUGCCAGUUAUCUCCACAUGUAUGACAUUGUCAAAGUCUGCAAAAAGAAGCUGAAAGAGAAAGCCACCACAGAGGCAGACAGCACCAAAAAGGAAGAAGAUGCUUCAAGUUGUUCAGACAAAGUCGAGAGUCUCUCUGAUGGCAGUAGCCACAUGGCAGGCGAUUUGCCCAGUGAUGAAGAUGAAGGAGAAGAUGAAAAAUUGAACAUCCUGCCCAGCAAACGGGACUUGGCGGCUGAGCCUGGGAACAUGUGGAUGCGAUUGCCUUCAGACUCAGCAGGCAUCCCCCAGGCUGGCGGAGAGGCAGAGCCACACGCCACAGCAGCUGGAAAAACAGUAGCCAGUCCCUGCAGCUCAACAGAGUCUUUGUCCCAGAGGUCUGUCACCUCCGUGAGGGAUUCAGCAGAUGUUGACUGUGUGCUGGACCUGUCUGUCAAGUCCAGCCUUUCAGGAGUUGAAAAUCUGAACAGCUCUUAUUUCUCUUCACAGGACGUGCUGAGAAGCAACCUGGUGCAGGUGAAGGUGGAGAAAGAGGCCUCCUGUGAUGAGAGUGAUGUUGGCACUAAUGACUAUGACAUGGAACAUAGCACUGUGAAAGAAAGUGUGAGCACUAAUAACAGGGUACAGUAUGAGCCGGCCCAUCUGGCUCCGCUGAGGGAGGACUCGGUGUUGAGGGAGCUCGAGCGGGAGGACAAAGCCAGCGAUGAUGAGAUGAUGACCCCAGAGAAUGAGCGGGUCCAGGUGGAGGGGGGCAUGGAGAGCAGCCUGCUGCCUUAUGUCUCCAACAUCCUGAGCCCGGCGGGCCAGAUCUUCAUGUGCCCCCUGUGCAACAAGGUCUUCCCCAGCCCGCACAUCCUGCAGAUUCACCUCAGCACGCACUUCCGAGAGCAGGACGGCCUCCGCAGCAAGCCGGCCACCGAUGUCAACGUCCCCACCUGCUCACUGUGCGGGAAGACUUUCUCCUGCAUGUACACCCUGAAGCGUCACGAGAGGACUCACUCGGGCGAGAAGCCCUACACGUGCACCCAGUGCGGCAAGAGCUUCCAGUACUCGCACAACCUGAGCCGCCACGCCGUGGUGCACACGCGCGAGAAGCCCCACGCCUGCAAGUGGUGUGAGCGCAGGUUCACACAGUCCGGAGACCUGUACAGACACAUCCGCAAGUUCCACUGUGAGUUGGUGAACUCCUUGUCUGUCAAAAGCGAAGCCCUGAGCUUGCCCACUGUCAGAGACUGGACCUUAGAAGAUAGCUCUCAAGAACUUUGGAAAUAAUUUUAUAUAUAUCUAUAUAUAUAUAAAUAAUAUAUCUAUACAUAUAUAUAAAUAGAUCUCUAUAUAGUUGUGGUACGGUCUAAAAGCAGUCUUGUUUCCUGGAACUAAAAAGUUGGAAUAUUAACUUGUUUUUGCACUUUAGAAUAGCAUGAGAAUCUCACUAAUUUAGCAUUCUGAUAAAAGAAACUUUAGAACAAGUCAGAGAAUAGAGAGGUGUUUUUCUUUCCAGGGGCUAAGGGGAAGUAAGCCAAUAAGAAACUUUGAAACAAAUUGUCCUAUCACAAAAUACUUUUAAUAUGGCUUAAUUUUGUCAACACUGCUUUGUCUUUGGAACUCUCUUUUUCCCACUUUUUUUUUUCCUAAAAAAAAAAAGAUAGAAAUUCCUUUGGUUUUAUUAUCCUCUUUAUAUGUCUCAAAUUGCAUGAACCCUUGCUGGCUGUUGGAAACCUGAAUGCUUUUAGACCCAAAUGGAAAUUUUCUGAAAUGCUGGAUUAUCUAUUUUUAAACAGGCAGUUGACUUAAAACUUUCUGUGGCAACUUCUGGUUUUCUGACGGUUCCCAUUAAGAGAAAUUCUGAAAGUACACUGGGAUCACUGGGAUGCUGUCGUUGUGAAGGUUUGCUUGGGAUGAAAAAGGAUAUUGCAGCUUCAGCAGUGUUGAACUGUGUGUUGAAAAUGUGAAUUACUGUUAUUGUAUACUGUAAUUGAUUACAUGGGCUGGGGGGGGUUGUCAAAGAACUUGACAGGUUGUGUUGAUGCUCUUAGUUGAGUCUUGAAAAGUAAAUAUUAACGCUACAGAAAUGCAUGAGUUUCAAUAUAUUUUUUGUCUUUGUUUGCAUUGUAUAACUUUAACGAGUGAGUUUUAAAAUUAUUUAAUUUCCUUAGAAAAAUAGCACCAUUUGGAAAAGAACCUGGUGUUAUGAAGAACGUAAAUGCACUGUUUUUAUUUUUAUUUUAUAUAAUUUAAAUUGACUUUCCCACUGUCUUUAAGUUGAAACUGUUAAGCUGAAUAAAAACUUAAGCUGCAAAUUGAUAACUUUGCUACAUAACAAGGAAAAUAUAAAUGUUUACAAACAGCUUAAAGAUUUGCAUGUGCAGUGUGCAUUUAUAACAAAUUAAUUGCACAAAACCCAUGCCAGCUCAGAGUUUAGGUGUAUACAUUUACCCAGUUGAGCAUUUUUAGAAUAACUACUGCACAAAUUGACAAUAGGUCAUUCUUUUUUAGCUCUCCUUUUCUUUUUCUCCCCUUCUUCCUUAUUAAAAGCCCCCCCCCACCCUUCCAAUCCCCCCCCCAAAAAAAAACUCUUGAAAAGAUUCUAUGGACUGAAAAAGCCCCAGGCUGAAAGGACUGGACUGCCUUGAUUGACAUGGGGAUGGGGGUUAGUAGACUUAUGUGUAUCUCGGCAGCAGAGGCUGCAGCCCAACGUGUGGUUUUAAUGACCAGCACACAGGGCAAAAGCAUUUUGCACAGUGUUUGUUUUCCUGUCUUGCACUUACAAAUAAGGUCUAUGGGAGUAGCAUGGAAAACGUUUGCUGUUUUUCCCUUUUUUUUUAAUUGCUUUUGUUUAAAAUUUGAUCGCCUUAACUACUGUAAACAUAGCCUAUUUUUGUGCUUAAGAUACUGAAUGGAAAACUCCAUUGUGUGUUGCUGGACUGUUUUGGAAAUAUUUGGUCAAAUGUGUGUUAAUUUGGCUGUAAUGGCAUUUAAAGCAAACAAACAAACAAAAAAAGCUGUGAAAAUGGCCUUGGAGCAUUAUCUUUAGUUACUUGAAGAGUUUCUAGUUUUUUUUAAAUACAGUUUAUGUUAAAAUUUUAUUAAUUUAGAGAAGACAAUCAAUGUCUGUGAGAAAACGGACUUUCUUUUGGAUUUUCUUUUGUGGUCAUUGUGAGUGAUUGCUUUUUCUUUUUAUUAGUUUCACAUUCUUCCUUUGUUCUAAAACUUAGACUGACAUCUAGCUUUGACAAUCAUAGUAUGUUUUAUUUUCCUGAGGGGGGAAUAACUUAUAAUGCUGUUUAGUUUUGUACUAUUGGUGUGUUGGUGAAUUUUUAAACUGUGUGCUAACUGCAAUAAAUUAUAUGAACUGAGAA